AAGACAUGCCAUGAGAUGUACAUGUAUUGGUUAUAUAGGCGCAGGAGUGGCUGUGUGUUUUCAACUGUAAACAUGACCACCCCACACGAACUUCCACCAGAUUACAAAUCGUGUUCUGAAAAUCCACAGUACAUUGGCCCUGCUUAUACAAACCCUCCCGCUUAUACAAACCCUGCAAUGUCACCAACUGUUUAUAGCAAUCCGGCAAUGCCAUCAGCCGGUUAUAGCAACCCUGCAAUGCCAUCAGCCGGUUAUAGCAACCCUGCAAUGUCACCAGCUGAUGAGUUACCAUCUUACACAGCAAAUGACGACACAGAGUCUGUUACUAUAGAUGAGAGCAAUCCCACUUUUGGAAAUAGUUUUUCAGAUAAGGCAAUCCGGCGAGCCUUUAUUCGCAAGGUGUACCUGAUAUUGAUGGCUCAAUUGAUACUCACUGUUGGAAUUAUUUCUCUUUGUAUCUUUGUAGAUGCAAUAAGAACAUGGAUUAAAACCAAUCUCUGGGUCUACCUAACAUCAUAUGCCAUAUUUAUAUGUGUAUACAUUGUCCUGAUAUGUAUAAAAAGUGUUAGACGGAAGUAUCCUGGUAAUAUCAUAUGCCUCAUUAUUUUGACUGUAGCAAUGUCUCUUGUACUGGGUACAAUAAGUUGUUUCCAUUCCACUAACAUUGUUCUGAUGUCAAUGGCUGUUACUGCGGUCGUCUGUUUCUCAAUUUCCCUUUUUGCUAUGCAGACAAAGAUUGACUUCACAGUGUGCUCCGGUCUCCUAUUUGUUCUGGUUAUGGUGGUGAUUAUGUUUGGAUUCUCAUUAAUUAUUACUCAAUAUGCCUUAGUCAAACCUCUGCCGGUCCUGACCAGUGUUUAUGCUGCACUUAUUGCUUUGGUUUAUGCCUUGUUUUUAAUCUUUGACACUCAGUUGAUAAUGGGAGGAAAGAAAUACGAACUAAGUCCUGAAGAAUAUAUUUUCGGUGCACUGGCUCUCUAUAUCGACAUUAUUGACCUUUUCCUCUUGAUUCUGUCAUUGUUUGGAGGAAAUUCUAAUUAAACCAAACUCACCAAAGACUACUAGAUUUCUCCCAUUUGUGUCUUGUCUGUUUUUAUUGUAGUAUAUGGCAUGUUUCUGCCCCUUUAUUACCGAAAUCAUUCUCUUGUUGAUUAAUACCUCUCAACAUUGUAUCUAUAAAUAAAAUGUAAUAAAUGACAAUACACUUCAAAAUAUACCUCUUUUUUCGAAGACAUAUUUUGUGAAAUUUACUUCACCUUAUUUUAUCUAUUUUUUUCUAUCAUCAUCUUUUGUAAUAUUUGCAUUUUCUAGAAUGAACAAAAUAAACAAUUAUUUCUUUACAA